CACAAGCAAAGCUAAACGAACUACGUCAAGAAAUACGUCAUGCGGAACAGCAGAUUUUAAUAGCAACUGAAGAGCUAAAAGGCUUGGAAGAUGCAGUGGCUCAGAAAAAGAUUUCUGAAGCAGAAAAGGAAAAACUUCGUGAGCAACUGAGCAGAAAAAUCCAGUUGUUAAAUCAGCUUCGCAAGGAAGCGGAGGAGCUGGAAAGGCAGAUGGAACGGCAAAGGGCAGAAAUGGACAAAAAACAGGAGGAGAUUGAAGACCUUGAGACUUAUUUAAAUUCCCUCAACCCUCAGGACCCCAGACAUUCCCAUGUAAAGGCUCAGAAAGCAGGUAAGGAACAGCAACUUGACAUGAUGGACAGGCAGUACAAACAGCUAGAAGGGCGGCUAGAUGAGAUGCUGUCCCGGAUCGCCAAAGAGACAGAGGAAAUUAAAGACCUGGAGCAGCAGCUCACUGACGGUCAGAUAGCUGCAAACGAAGCACUGAAGAGGGACCUAGAAGCAAUUAUUUCCGGCUUGCAGGAAUACCUGGAGAGUGUUAAAGGGCAGGCCAAGCAGGCACAUGAUGAAUGCAGGGAGCUGAAAGCAGAGAGAGACACCCUACUUCAAAGGCUGGCAGAGCUGGAAGAGGAGAGGAACCAACUAGAAAUUGUUGCUAUGGAUGCUGAAAAUAUGAGAAAGGAAAUUGCAGAUCUUGAACAAAGCCUGCAAGAACAACAAGAAGUGAAUGAGUCUCUGCGCCAAGCUCAGGGAGACCUCAGUGAGUAUGAAGCUGAACUGGAGGCUCAGCUGAAGGAACGAGAUGUGGAGGCUAAACAGUUAAAGGAAGAACUGGAAAGGAGAAAACGGCUGAGUCACAUGGAGAAUUCUGCCCUGCAAGCAGAGCUAGAGAAGGAUAGGCAGGCCCUGGAGAAUGCUGUGACCAAGGCUCAGCUGUUAGAGGAGAAGGAAAAGGAGAGCAAGCAAUUACUGUCACAACUGAAACAGCUGCAGGGAGAGAAUGCGUAUCUGAACGAGGAAAUUCACAACCUUCAGAACCAGCUUGAUCAGGUAGCUGACAGCAUGAUUCAUCCUGAGCAAAUCACAACUCGUAUUGGGGAACUGAAGCGCAAGCUGCAGACGGGCGUGGGAGAAAUUCGGUGCAACAGUCCGGCGGAUGUUUUAGGACAAAACCUGGCAGAUCUCCAAAAGCAGAUCAAUGACAUCCUCGGGAAAGCGCAAGAUGAGAAAAGAGAGGGCCAGGAGAGACAGAGGAAACUGCAGGAGGAGCUAGCGACGCUCCAAGGCAAAGCCAGGGAAAUGCCUGAAGACUAUAAGAGAGCGUGCAACAAGGCAGCAGAAGCCAGGAUACAAUCAGAAAAGCGUCAACUUGAGGGUAAAGUUCGGCAGCAGGAGAAUGAGCUCAGACGAUUAAAUGAUCAACUGAAAAACAUGGAAGAAAUCCAAGGCCUGGCAGAUCAACAACUCCUAGAAGCUGAUGAAGAGCGUGAGAAGCUCCUUACUGAGCUGCAAGAUCUGGAGAAUAAGAGAAAAAUGGAAGAAGAUCAGGCACAGGCGCAAGUGUUUAAUUUAGAGAAGGAACUCAAAGAGCUGAAGAGGGCAGUGGGACUAUCUGACAAGAUGGCAACUUCUGAGCUGUCCAACGCCAAAGAUCAACUGAAGUCCCUGCAUGGCACUGUCAUUAAGCUCAAUGAAGAACGAGCUACGGAAAUGCAAGAAGCUGCAAAUUUCUUCUCACAAUCUGCUCGCGCCUCCCGGAACCUCAGCAAAGCCGAAGCGGAGAUUGAAUUGUUGCAGAACAUUCUGAAAGAACGAGAGAAGCAGCUGCAAGAGGAGAUGAGACACGUGCAUGCUGGGAAGACAACAUCAGGUCUCCAGCAGCUUGAGAUCGAUAGGCUGAACCAUACACUGAGAAAACAGCAGGCAGAGAUAGAACGGCUGAAGCAUUUACUGGAUCAUGCCAGGAAUGACAAUAUUGGAGAGAUGGAGAACCUACUGGAUGAGAUAGCAUCACUCCGGCAUGCUCUUGGGCACCAGAAUGACUACAUCACCAGCAGGGAUGACCCAUUCCGGAGAAGGGGCUACUGGUACUAUGUGCCGUCCCCCUCUAGUGCCUCACAUUGUGAUUCCCUAAGUACUAAAGACUCCGGCGUUGGUUUACAGUACCCACUUACGUCUUCCCCUGCCAGACACAGGUGUGGCCAAACCAGGCACCCUAAGAAGGAAAAGCCUGUGCCCUCCGCUAUGGGCAGAUGGGUUUAUUCACCACUCCGGCAUGGGUUGCACAGAUGCCACUCAAGUGAAGAUGGGGAGGACUGUGAAUCCGAGCACGAAACACAUGCACCACCAACAUAUCACUUUGUACCUCCUCCUGGCUCAGUUAUUUACACUGUACUUCCAGACGGCGCUCCUGUACCGCAGGGCACUGUUAUAUAUGGCCCUCCGCCUCCUGCCAAUGGUAGAGCAGUGGCUCCUGGGACUGUUAUCUAUGGCCCUCCUCCUGUUGGAACUCAGAUUGCAUAUGGGCCUCCCCCUCCACAUUUUACCAUACCGAUUAUCCCUACUGGCGUGCUUCACUGCAAUGUGCCAGCGCAUCAUGAGCUGGAAAACGAAAUUACACGGCUUGAAGACAUUAUCGAUCAUCUAAAGUUGCGACGGCAAAAAGAAAAAAUGGCAAAAGAGAGAUUGCAGGAAGAUAUCAAUGAUCUUGAACAUCAAAAAGAAGCUUACAAGAAGGAGAUGGAGGAGUUGCGUAGAUCGACACAGAAACGUAAACGAAAAGAGUUUAUAGACGGACAGCUGGACAGCCUAAUCACAGAGCUGGAGCUUGAAAAAUCUCUGCAACAUCACAACGAAAUUGUAGACGAGAUAGAAUGUAUUGAAAAAACACUGUUGAAGCGUCGCGCCGAGCUACGUGAGGCUGAUCGUCUGCUUAUUGAAGCGGAAAAUGAGCUGCAGAACUCCCGGGAAAAGACUAAAGAGAUGAUUGAGAAAUACAAUGCUGCUAAGGAGAAUCUGAGUCGCUCAGAAAGUGACGCAGAGGAGCUGGAGCGAAGGGCACACGAGACGGCUACGCAACUGGUAAAGGCCGAUCAGCAGUUAAGACUACUGCAAGCAAACGUAAAAGAUCUUGAGCUGCACAGAGCGGAACAAGAGAAAAUUCUCAAGGAGAUCAACAGUGUAGUGUCCUCAAGAGAUGCCGAAUUCCAGUCGCUCAACCACCAAAUUGACAAGAUGAAUGAUAACUUUCAGAAAAUCCAAGCAGAUAUACAGGUCGCUGAAGGAAAAGAAAAUCACUAUUUGCAGACUCUUCGGGAAGCUGAAGAUAUAUUUCAGGAGAAGAAGAUUGCACUGGAGAGACUGAACAACCAGUUGAUAGAACAGCAGCAAGAUGCAGUGGAGCUGGACAGACUCUUAGGACAAAAGAAAGAGGAGUUGAAUCUCCUUGAAGAUCACAUUGACCAAAAGAAAGCAGAACUGAAGGAAGCCUUGCGAGAUGGAGAACUUAAUGUAGCGGACAGGCGGAAAGAGAUUAGGGAAGUGAGGUCUCUCCUUGAAGAUUUAAGUGUGCAAAAAGGAGAACUGAAUGCCCAGCUGAAUGAAAAGAAGGCCCAGCUUAUUAUCCUGAAGCAACAGGUGGCGCACGAGGAGGAGAAUCUGCAGAAAGUAGCCGCACAGAUCAGCAAACAGAAGUCAGAACUGAAACAUGUGUUACAAAUGCUGCAGCUAGAGAACAAUGAAUUGCAAGGAGCUAAAUUACAACAUGACCAAAAGAUUAAUGAACUGGAGGAGACACAGUCCAUGCUGCUGGAGGGUAAAUUAGAGUUGGAAAAUCUUCAGCGGGCAUCACAGCGUUUGCAUGGAGGAGUAGAAUGUCAAAGGCAAAUCCUAGAGAGAGACCAUCAGGAAAUUGAGCUUCUGAUGAGCCAGAUGCACACGUUGCAGCAGAGUAUGGAGUCGCUGAAUGGAGAGAAAAAAUUUCUGGAAGAGACCAACCAGGACCUUGAGAAGAAGCUGACACAAGCUAAAAAAGAGUUGGCAGCUGCAGAAGGCUGUAAGAAUACAGCUACAGGCAACACUGAGAGACUGACAUCUGACAUUAAGGUGCUGCAAAAGGAGACUGAACAACUAAACAAUCAGAAGCAAUCAGUAAAAGAAGAAAUGUCAGCACAGCAGCAGAUACUGCAAGGGAAAUCUUCUCCCAAAAUGCCGGUCAAAGCCAAGGAUAAAAAAGCUAAAGCCGCUGAGUUCGGCUUAGAUACUUCAGUAGAACCUGUGACCAACUUGAUGGACUCUCACUCACUAUUUUCGCAGCUGUCUGAAUUAUUUUCACCGCAAUUUGACCUAAUUAGAAAGGAGUUAGGAUCUAUUUCAUCUGAGAUCACUGCCCUGUCAGUUGAAGUAAGACAGUUCGCACAUAGAAUGCAAGAGGCAGAAAACAGGAUUUCUGACCUGGAAGAUCAAGUUAGCACGCAGGAAAAUAUAAUAUCCCAACAGGAUAUUAAAAUCACCAGUCUCCAGGGCCGUCUCGACGACCUUGAGGACCGGGCGAGACGUAACAACAUUCGAAUUGUGGGUCUCCCGGAAGAAGCGGAGUUUGAAGAUCUUCUGAAGUUCGCUUCGGUCACGCUCCCGCAGAAACUUGGUGUCCCACAAUCAAUGUUACCAAUUAUAAUUGAGAGAGCUCAUAGAGUUGGGGUCAAAAAAAAUGUAGGUACAGGACACAGUAGGAGUAGGAUGUGUAUAUGCAAGGUGCUGAAUUUUCAGGAUAAAAUUGAAAUGAUGAAACUGUUCAAGAAGCUGCAUGAACCUCUAAUGUUUGGGAACAGUAAAGUUUUACUAUUUCAGGAUUUUUCUGUUGAAACCUCGACGAAGAGAAGGAUAAUGGCCCCCCUCUGUACUCAAAUUAUUGACAAAGGAAUCAAUGCGCGGAUGGUUUAUCCGGCCAAAAUAAUAGUUGAGUACAGGGGAGCUCGCCUAGUCUUUACGGAGGUGGGGGAGGUGAAAGAGUUUCUCAAAGAUAAAUGA